UCUGUGAGUGUGCAUUUAUCUUAUAUUUUUGUUACAUUUGUUUAUUUCACUGUUUUUUUAUAUAGGUUACCAAAAAACUUGCCGGUUCUGCUGCCAACACUGCUGGCUGGUGCACUAACGUGGGCAAUGAGCACGGCCAGGUUUUGGUGUCAGUGCUCACAGCUGCAGAGGGGCAUGGACUGUGGCCUAUGGCAGCAGGUCUCAUGAAGAGGUACAGGGAGGCAGGAGUGGCACCACCUGCUGUCAUGUACGUGGACAGAGACUGCUGCAGCCCACAUGCACAUGGACAGUCUCAGGUAAAAGCCAUGUUUGCAGAGUGGAAUGAGCUCCAAGUGCGCCUGGACAUUUGGCACUUCAUGAGGCGUUUUGCAGCAGGGGUCACAACGGAGGCUCAUCAGCUCUAUGGCACCUUCAUGGCUCGACUUUCCAAAUGCAUCUUUGAGCUGGACCCAGAUGAUGUGGCUGCUCUUUGGCUGGCCAAACAGGGGGAGCUACUGGCCAGAGGAGUUCGUCCAGUCUCAGAGAAGGCCCUGGAUAAGCUGAUCAGCCGGAAGGAGCUGGCGCUGCACUGCCGCAAGAGGACCAGAGGAGUGGAGGAGACCACCAGGAGGAUUAAGGCGCUCAUUGAUGAGAUGGACAGUGAGAAGGGGAGGGACACUCUGGGAGUACCACUGCUGGACCACGAGCGUAUCCAGCAGGUCUGGAUAGACCAGCAGAGACACAUCACCUGUAUUCAGGACCCAGAGCGCUUCCCUCUGUACAUGAAGACAGGCACACUGAAGAAGGGUGGUGUGGAGCUCUGCUGCUACCGGUGUGCUCGUGGCUCCACUUCGUUGGAGUCCUUCCACCUCCAUUUAAAUCGCUUCAUCCCAGGGACCAGUGCCAGUGACUCGCACUUCCAGGCCUAUCUCCUGGAAGGCCUGAUGCGCUGGAACGAUGACCGGAUGGAGGAGGCAGUAAGGGGAAAGUCUGAUCUGAGGACCUACAGCAGCUCUGAGAGGGAGGCAAUGGACCAGCUGAGCCGCAAGGUCCUGAAGAGGUCCUUGGACGAGCGCUACCGACCUCCUGGGGCAUACACAGGCAAGAAUUAUUCAUGUUAA